GCCGGCAAAAUAAAACCACCAGACAUUCCAAUGUCAUGAACUAUUUUUAUUCUGAAAAAAGAAUGGCGAGUUAUAGACAUUUUUUACGUCAAAAAUGCUACUAAUUUGCCCCAAAUCUGGUUGAUUACUGAUCUUUUGUGUGCAUAAAUAACGUUAAAUUAAAGUUAAAUAGUGAAAUAAAUGUUGUGUGAGUUUGUUGUAAGUUAACUAACGUUAUUUGUGAAAAUUUCAAGAAAUUAAAAGAAAAAUGGUAGUAUCAGGGGAACCAAACAUUAACAACAUUAUGGGAGGGAUUGAAAAUACAGGAGGGGUUAGGCUACAUAAUCACAAAAAAAAAUUAAAGCAGCGGUUUGACAUAAUAAAAAAACUUGGGCAAGGAACAUAUGGAAAAGUACAAUUAGGAAUAAAUAAGGAAACAGGACAGGAGGUAGCUAUCAAAACUAUAAAAAAAUCAAAAAUUGAAACAGAAGCAGAUCUAAUUAGAAUACGAAGAGAAAUACAAAUUAUGUCUUCUGUUCAACACCCGAAUAUUAUCCAUAUUUACGAAGUUUUCGAAAAUAGGGAAAAAAUGAUACUAGUUAUGGAAUACGCAGCCGGGGGAGAACUGUAUGAUUAUCUGUCAGAAAGAAAAGUACUGUCUGAAGAAGAAGCAAGGAGAAUAUUCAGGCAGAUUUCUAUUGCAUGCUAUUAUUGCCACAAGCAUAAAAUUUGCCAUCGAGAUUUAAAACUGGAAAAUAUUUUGUUAGACGAAAACGGAAACGCCAAAAUAGCAGACUUUGGUUUGUCGAAUAUCUUCGACGAUCAACGACUUUUGUCAACCUACUGUGGGUCGCCGCUGUAUGCUUCUCCUGAAAUAGUAAAAGGUACACCAUAUCAAGGUCCUGAAGUCGAUUGCUGGUCAUUAGGCGUUCUCCUUUAUACAUUAGUUUAUGGUGCCAUGCCUUUUGACGGAAGUAAUUUUAAGAGACUAGUCAAACAAAUUUCUCAAGGAGAUUACUUCGAACCUAAAAAACCUAGCCGUGCAUCGCCUCUAAUAAGAGAAAUGCUGACUGUAAAUCCUAAAUAUCGAGCCAAUGUACAAAAAAUUUGUUCGCAUUGGUGGGUUAACGAAGGCUACGAGGAAAACUGCUUAGAUGUAUCCGAAGAGCUGGCGAAUCAGACUCCGGUACGAUUAGAUUUGUUAUUGUCGUUGGCACCACCUCCACCGCAAUUAGAGAGCGAAAAAUUGAUGGUUACAGGAGAAAUCGAAGAAUCGAACCUGACAAAUGAUACAAUAUUGGCGCCGACUCGGUCCCAAUCUGUGGGUAGUCUACGAGAGCUGUCACAUACAACAGACUUGAGGAUCGAAGAUUUAGUACCGGAAGAUGUUAAGUCCAAUACAGCAAAGCGAAAACUGGAGUUAUCCAUCAGUACCGAUUUAUCAAGCACCCAACAGGAAGAUGCAAAACGCAAAGAAAAAAUAAUUAAAGAAAGAACGGUGGCCGAUGUAACGUCAGAAGUUAUUCCGACAAAUCAAAACAAUCAAACUUCACAUGAUAUUAGCACAACCGCUCCUCUUGAUAAAAGUUCAACACGUACUAUAACUAAAAGAAUGGACGUCGAUAACGAAGAAAAUAUUGACCCGUCUAAGAUGGGCGCUACCUGCACAGAAAUUAUCGAGGAUGCAAAGAAAAAUGAAGCAAACAAAACAAAAACUCAGAAAAGUCCUUUAUCUCCAGCAAAAGAAUAUUUAGAAGAGACGACCAACGAUAAAAAGAGUAUCGAAAAAGAAAGUGUUACUACAAAAACAGAAAAAGAUAGUGUAAAGGGCAAAGAAAAUGAGAAAAAGGCGAAGAAGGAAUCGAAAACAGAAGAAUCUAAAAUUCCGUCUAAGAAAAAGGUUUCUAAAAAAAAAGUGCUUACCGACAAAAAUGAGAAUCUGGUUGACUGUAAAAAGGACGCAACUUCAGGAAAAAUUGCAACUAGUCCGACUGAGAAUUUAUCAGAAAAAAAUGUUGAGGAUGAUAAGAAGUUAGAGAAGUCUGUUGAAAGACGACGCUCAAAAAUUUUUGAAACAGCCGAGAAGUUUCAGAAUCUCGUUUCGUCAGGCGACAAGUCAAAUAAUGAAAAAUCAAAGAAAAUUGUUAUACCAGGUGUGAGUGUUGGAGGAUUUAGGAAAGAAUUUGAGCGAAAGGCAAGUUUAUCCUCAAGUAGUAAUGUGCCUCAAUUAAAAAACACCGCGUUUAAAAAGACUGCAGAAAAACAAAAUUCUAUUCAAACAAAGGAAGAAACAAGUAACGAACCGUCCUCUGUUAAGAUUGAUAAUAUCACCGAAAAUAUCAAAAAGUCAGAUCAGCUACAAAACACUUUAACUGAAAGCACUGUUCCUGAAAAAAAUGUGGAUGAAAGAAAAAAGAAAGCGGUCAGUAUAAUUUCUACGGCCUUGGAUAAAGAAGGAACUAGAAAAUCUAAAUCGAGGCCUUGUGUUGGAAGAAAGCCUCCCAUACCUUUUGGCUCGUCUGGAAGAUCUGCAUCGGGAAAUAUCGGAAUUGUUUCCGAACAAUUUGAUUCGCGUAAGGAAAUAGAACAAUUACCACUUUCUUCGCCCGUAUCGGAAGAAAUAGCGGAGAAAUUUGCGACAAACGAUGAAGUAUCAUCAGCUAAAAUAAUGCUAAAAUCGGCAACCAUACCCCGAAGGAAACAAACCAAAGCAGAAAUCAAUCUCAAAUACCCUAUCCCUAAACCUGCAGUAAUGGAGUUCAAGACUGAAAUGGCUCAUAACGUAGAAGCAGCUCCUAAUUUACCCACUCAAAGAAGUGAAGUUACAUUUCCCAUUUCACCAGUUGGAAACAUAAGGUCGUCGUCUCUUGAUGAUGAAAGCAGAUCUAAACAGUCCAGAGAAAGAAUUAUUCCAAUUUCGUAUGAGGAAAAUUCAAAAGAUGAUGGGCAAUCGCCAACAAGUGCGAAACCACCUUUUAAGGUUCAUCAAACAAGACGUUCUUCCGCGUCUCAAAGAUCGGAAAGUUUAUCGCGACAGUCGACGCAAGAAUCCGAUUCUGACAGCACAUCACUUAAAGGUGAACCCAUACGGAAGUCUCCUAGAGAGUACAUUAUACCCAUUGCCGUUGAAGGCGGCGGUUACGUAACACCAAGAGCAGGAAGUUUGGAACCCAGUGAAACUGGUAGCACCACGAGUACCAUGACAAAUAAAAGUAAAUUUGGACGAGCAAAAAGAAUGAGUUCGUUAAUUAAUGACCGUGAAGGGUCUGAAGAUGAGUCAGUUUUCUCUUCGGCAAUACCUCGCAGAAAUUCGUUCGGAAAAGAUAGCGACGAGGAUUCAAAGAAAGAUCUAUUUAGAAUGCACAGUUUGAGGAGUUCAAGGCCAAGAAGAGCAACUCUUGAACGCAACGACUCGUUCAGUUCUGGCGAAGACGAUGACGAUGAUGGAUUUGAAAUUUUAACCGCCGAAAAUCUAUUUUCAACUUUGCUCUCUAGGGUACGAGAUCUCACGUCAAGAUUGAAUGUUGAAGAUUCGCAUCCUGGCUUUCCAAGAAGUAGUUUGCUUACUAGAAACUUUUUGAAUUUUCCCAAUAGAUUUGAAGCCUUAUCCAGGCGUUCACCGUUAGGACGUGCCUUUAAUCGGGAACAUGGUUCAGACGGUGGGUCUGGAUUGAGUACGCCAUGGCGAAGAAGUGUUACUCGAGAUCUUAGUUCAGAUUUAAACAGAGUUUUCAAUAGUUCCGAAUCUCCUACACACACAGCAACACUACCUAGAGGAGCAAGAGUGCGCGUUACAGUGCAUGUGCCCUGCGGACCGUCCAGCCAGAAGGGCACCCACUAACCGCCUGGCUGCCUGCUACAACACAGACUCGGUAGGCUGCAUGUGUAGUGAUAAUAAUAGUAAAUACAUAAAAAGAGUUAGUUGCACAAUUUACACAAUACUUGUUCAAUACUAAAAGUAAGAAAAGAAAAAGACAUUUGAGUCUGGUUGUUUUUUAUGCCUUUAUGAACAACAUAUAAAAGUAUACUGUACGAUAGAAGUGAAAUUGCACGGUAAAGUGUCAUACGAUAAUUAUUGUGCAACUUUCUUAAUUUUCAUAUAGUAUAAAAGAGCAAUUAAAUGUUUACUGCAAUAUGCAGGUGAAAAGAAGGAAAUGCUUAAUCAAAAUUAUAUUAAAUUUUAAAAAUUUUAACUAACCAUCUAAUACUUGUGCGUCAUGAGUCAUGACAAGAAAGGUCUGUCAGUAUAUACCUGAAUAAAAUAAAAAGUAUCGAGUUGUUCAAACGUUAGGAUUUUUAGUAUAAUUUGGUUUACUUUAGACUUUGUGUUUGCAUUUUAAAAGUUACAAAAGGAAAGCCGAAUAAGA